AUGCAGCCUGCGCCGCCGGCAGCCCCCGAGAUCACGGGAUCCAAAAACGUGGUGAUCCUGGGCGGCUGCGGCCGCGUGGGCUCCAGCACCGCGGCGGCGCUGGCGGCGGCGGUGCCCGCCGCCAAGCUCAGCCUGGGCGGCCGCUCGGAGGAGAGCUUCCGUGCGGCAGUGGCGCGGCGGCCGGAGCUGGCGGGGGCCAGCCCUCUGGCUGUCGACAUCGACGACCCCGCCAGCCUGGCCGCAGCGCUCAAAGGGGCAGACCUUGUGAUCCAUGCGGCAGGGCCCUUCCAGCGCCGCACCGACUGCAACGUACUCGAGGUCGCCAUCGCCGCAGGGGUGCCCUAUAUGGAUGUGUGCGACGAUACCGACUACUCGCAGCGCGCCAAGCAGCUGCACAGCAAGGCGCAGGCAGCAGGCGUGCCAGCCAUCACCACCACCGGCAUCUACCCAGGCGUGAGCAACGUGAUGGCGGCCCACACCAUUGCCAUCGGCCGGAAAGAGUACAACGCAGACGGCAGCCUGCCGGAGCGGCCGGGGGAGGGCGGCGCCGACCCCAAGCGCGUGCUCUACUCCUAUUUCACCGCAGGCAAGCAAGCAACGAUAGGGACGGUUCCCAUGGCAGCGGCGGCAGCUGUAACCUCCCGAGCAGCAGCAGCGCCGGGCCUUAGGGCGGGGCCCAUGCUGUGUUGCUGGGGCACUGGCGGCGCGGGGCCCACCAUUCUGGAGACCACGCUGCUGCUGGCUGGGGAGGACGUGGUGGCUUUCAGGGACGGCGAGCGAGUGGUGCUGCCGCCCGUGAGCAACCGGCGGGUGGUGGACUUUGGGACGGGGGUGGGGCGGCGCAGCGUGUACCUCUACAACCUGCCAGAGGUCUCCUCGGGGCACCAGGUGUUUGGCGUCCCCAGCAUAAGCGCCCGCUUUGGCACGGCGCCCGACCCCUGGAACUGGGGCAUGGUUGCCAUGGCACGGCUGGCUCCCAAGGGCAUGCUGGCAGACCGGCAGCAGGCGAAGCAGCUGGCGCGAGUGAUGGACCCCGCGAUACGGGCUGUAGACUUGGCUGUGGGGGAGAAGGUGGCGAUGCUGGUGGAAGUCGAGUAUGAAGACGGCAAGAUUGCGGCGGGGCUGUACGUUCACCAGUACCUGUCGCAGGCGGUGGGCACGUGUACUGCUGCCUUUGCGCGGUGCAUGCUGGCGGGGCAGACGCAGCCGGGGGUGUGGUUCCCUGAGGAGCAGGGGGCGCUGGGGGACCGCCGUGCGCUGCUGGGCAUGGCGUCCCAAGGCUGCACCCGGUUCCUGCUCAAUCGCACGCCCUGGCAGCUUGAGACGGAUCCAAUGCAGCUGGGCAUGGGACUCUACAUUUACUGA